AUGAGCGCUACAACAGCCGCUCCCGCCGAGGCCAAGUCUGAGCCUCAGAAGCUGACCGGCUUGAACCUCUACUCGCGUUUCGCUUUCGCCGGCGCCGUCUGCUGUUCCGUCACCCACGGUGGCCUCACCCCCGUCGAUGUCGUCAAGACCCGGAUCCAGCUCGACCCUGUCACCUACAACCGCGGCCUGAUCGGUGGCUUCCGCCAGGUCAUCCAGAACGAAGGCGCGGGCGCGCUUUUGACCGGCGCUGGCCCCACGUUCGCGGGUUACUUCCUGCAGGGUGCGCUGAAGUUCGGUGGUUACGAGUUUUUCAAGCAGCAGUCGAUCAACACGAUCGGCUACGAGAAUGCCAGCAACAACCGGAUCGCCGUCUACUGUGUUUCGUCCGCUUUUGCUGAGUUCUUCGCCGAUAUUGCCCUUUGCCCGCUCGAGGCCACCCGUAUCCGCUUGGUCUCGGAGCCUACCUUUGCCAGUGGCCUUGUCUCUGGCUUCGGCAAGAUCGCCCGCCAGGAGGGUCUCGCCGGUUUCUACUCCGGCUUUGGCCCCAUCCUGUUCAAGCAGGUCCCAUACACCAUGUCCAAGUUCGUCGUCUACGAGAAAGUCGCCGAGUUCGCCUACGCCAACUUCUUCGAGAAGGAGAAGACCAGCGACGGCAUGCAGACCGCCAUCAACCUUGGAUCUGGUCUGAUCGCCGGUUUCGCCGCCGCUAUUGUCUCGCAGCCCGCCGAUACCAUGCUCUCCAAGAUCAACAAGACCAAGGGUCUCCCCGGCGAGGGCACGACCAGCCGACUGAUCAAGAUCGCGAAGGAGCUUGGUCUCCGUGGCUCUUUCAGCGGUAUUGGCGCUCGUCUGGUCAUGGUUGGUGCUCUGACUGCUGGACAGUUCGCCAUCUACGGUGACCUCAAGAAGGCCAUGGGCGCUGUUGGAGGUGUCGAGAUUACGAAAUAG